UUCUUCGUAUUGACUGAAGCGCCGUACUUCAAUUCAAGACCCUCUGUACACGGACUUCCGAACGUUGAGCGGCGGAUCGAAAUCGAGCGGAGAUGGAUCACGAGAAGCUGGCACGCAUGCAAAAUGCGGUGCGUAUUGGCGGCAAAGGUACACCACGAAGGAAAGUGAAGAAGGUGCACAAGAGCUCGGGCACAGACGACAAGAAGCUGCAAACAACGCUGAAGAAGAUGAACGUACAACCCAUUACGGGCAUCGAGGAGGUCAACAUGUUCAAGAGUGAUGGCAACGUUAUCCACUUCAGUGCGCCGAAAGUUCACGCAUCCGUUCCUUCCAACACCUUCGCGUUAUACGGCAACGGAGAGGACAAGGAACUUACCGAGCUUGUACCUGGUAUCUUGAACCAGCUUGGCCCGGACAGCUUAGCCUCGCUACGGAAGCUGGCCGAAUCAUACCAAUCGUUACAGAAGGGUGGCGAAGGCGAGGAGGGCAAGAAAGGCGACGAUGAUGACGAAGAGAUUCCAGAUCUUGUUGAGGGUGAAGAAUUCGGUAACAAGGGUGAUGUUGAGUAAAGCAUUUUCCUGUGGAGUCGGCGUAACCCUGCAGCACGCUGGUAUCAUCACCGACACGGCCAUUUGCACUGAUGUAUGUGAGGCGUCAAUGGAUGCUGGGGGCUCUGCAUGCAUCCAGUGGCCAAGAGACGGUCGGUCACCUGUACACGAAGCUCAUUAUACAGACGGUCCGACUGGUCCAAAGUGGGGGUAUUUAUAUGUGGUAGUAUUUGCCAUCAACGCAGCAGGAUCGAACAAGCUCUGC